ACAAUCACGAUCAUGGUCAGCGGCUCAGACGACCAGACGAUGGAAGAGUUUACGUUGCAUAAAGGCAUUGCAAUGCACCGCAGCGCAACAAUUCAGCAGAUGUGCCUUAUGAACCCCGAUGCUAAAGAGUUCAAGCGUCCAGAGUGGAGGGCUUCGGCCUUCAACAUGUUCAUGCAAUGGGCGUACCAGGGAAGGUUCUACAUAGCAUUUCCAGAAGGUCCAGAUCAUUACGACCCACUCCUGAAGGUAUACCUACUAGGGAAGGACCUCCAAGCUACAGGACUGAUGACUUGCACCAUUCAAGAAAUGUGCAGAUACAGCGACAAGCGGAGGACUUUGUUCAGCAACGCCCAAAUCAAGCAGAUCUAUGCUUGUUCGCCACCGGCAGGAGCUCUUCGACGGUUGGUCGUAGAUCAAUACGUCUUCAAUGGUGACGCUACCCAAAUUGACUCUAACACCGAGGCAAGUGUGCCGAAGCAGUUCUUGGGCGACUUGACCCGCAGAGCGCUUGGGAAGGAGAAAAUCAAAGACGACCCGUGCACGCGACCGGAAAACUACAUCGCCAAAGGUCUUGACUUGCUUGAGGUCCAAACCAACGAUGCCAAUCCCCAACCCCGUGUUGCUUCAGUAAACUCAAGCGCGACAACUCUAUCAACUCUUCUUGCAGGUAGUUCUAGAGCCAAUCCUCCGAGCUGUACGAACGAUCCCAGAUCUCUGCCAUCAGGAGGUGCAAGACCAGGAGCGCAGGACCUCCCUUUCUCUGUCGGUUCGGAUGAGGAAAGUGAUGCAUGACCGGCUGGACUACAAAACAUGGCUACAUAUCUUAUUCCGGAAUUUUCUUUGGGAAAGGAGGCGUUGUUUGCUUCUCUUUCUUUCUGACCUGGCUGUUCACUACUAGGCAUUUCCCAUUCGGUCAUGCAGGUAUCAAGCCUUUCAAGAUGCUUAUUGGCAUUCUCAUGCUUUCUGGCGCCAACGAGAUGGAAAAGUGCUGGAAGUCUUCUUCCACAGACUGGAAAUAUUUGAUUUGAAAUGGACAUAUUCAUGAAGGGGUUAUCGGAUGGAAAAGCUUUCUUCUUAGUCGGGG